CAGCCACAAAGACAAACGGCCCUUUCCCUCGUCUCUGAGGUUCCUGAUCCAGCAGCACCUGGAGCUGCUACAUGUGCUACAGGAGAGGGUCCUCAAGAGUCAGUGGCAGGGCAUCAUGGGAGAUGUAUUUCUUCGGCUCACCAGCAAAGAGAGUGAUUUCCUGGAGCACUAUGUGUCCUACCUGAAGGAGCUUCCAGAGUGUGUGUCUGUGGGUGACAUCAUGGGAGAUGACACACGCCCAUCCCUCCACAACUUGCUUCUCCAGCCUGUGCAACGCAUCCCAGAAUACCUUGCACUCCUACAGAGCCUGCUGCGACAGACGGAGUCGGAGCACCCGGACUAUUACCUUCUGCUGGUGUGUGUGCAGCACCUGCGCACCUUCACCACACAGUAUAACCACCUGCUGCAGCACAACCAGGAGCUGCUCACACACCCCCACGCGUCAUCUGUGAAACAGCUCUACAAAAUGGGCGACUACGAACCUGCAGUUAACUACUGUUCCCCCAGCGCUUUACUUGAGCCCAGCAGCCGAUCCCGCAGUAAAGCAGCAGCUGUCAACGUGAAGCGCUACCAGGACUGGGAGGCCGAGCCGCACCGCUACGAGCCCAACGUCCCGUCGCCCGUCUCCUUCCUGCCCGACACCGACGGGCGCCUCAAGUCGCCCAUGUCGCCCCUGCGGAGCAUCCCGGAGGCCGAUGGGGCGGGCUCGGCGCUGGCCUCCGCUCUGGGCGCCUUCCUGCCGUACGAGGGCCUGGGCGGCGGUGGCGACUCCUCGGCGUGCGAGCGCUGCCCGUCCAGCCAGUCCGCUUCGUCCGACUCCAGCAUCGACAUCGCCUUCGUGCGCUGCAGCCCGGCGCCCGGCUCCGCGCACCCCUCGCACGCCGCCGCCGCCAGCAGGCGGAGCAACGACGGCAGGGCGUACCGGGCGGGCCGCGGCUGCGUGUCUCCCGACUCGGUGGGGCUGAUGAGGCCUCGCCCCCUGCAGGCCGUGCAGAGGAAGAGCAAGUCGCUCAACGGCCUGCAGCUGGACAGCAUCGACAGCCCGGCCCACUCAGGCCGCGGCGGCGUCCACCCGCGACUGGAGCGCCAGUCCAGCGCCAAGGGCCGCCUGAGGCACCACGACACACACACACACACCGACACGGAGGACCAGACACACGUGAUGCACACCAAGGACUCUGUGAGCCCGCCGUGGGGGGAGGAGCUAAAGUGGAGGGGCGUGGCGGAGGAGAACCAUCACACACCGCUGAGUGAGCGAAGCAGGAAGCAGGACGGAGGAAAGGGCUUCAGGAGCUCCUUCAAGAAACUCUUCAAGAAGAAGUCAAGUGGUGAGAGCAAGGACAAGGAGAAGGACAAGGACAAGUCUGAAGGCCAGAGCUGCACUGACCCUGAGUCAGCACGGUCAGCACGAGGACAUCGUCUGGGAGAGAUUGACCGUGGUACAGCCGUAUGAAAGAGAACCCCAAUGGACAUCUACAUCUCAAGCAGCACAAUUACAAACAACAAAGACUGUUCAACAACAGAACAUUUCCCAAAAUAGAAAAACAAGGAAAUACUUUUUGUGAGUCAUAUGAAGCUUUCAUUGCAGCGGAUUAAGUAAUUUGAUUCAAAUCAUUAUUAGCACUGUAUGACUGUCAUGGUGUAGAGAGGUUGCAGAGUUGUUUGAUUAUGUAGACAGAUGAAAUAAUGGGACUUCCACCUACACAGCUAUCUUAUGCCACCUGCUGGACUGUAAAUGCUACUACAACAAGCAUAUUCACCUGAACAAAUGUAAUCAAUAUAACGUGCAUUACAGAGAAUCAAUGACUUUUUCUCAGUGGUAUCUGCACACAGCUGUGCUAGCAAUGAUCGUAUUAGAAAGAAAUGUGGCUUUUAUUAUUGAAGAGGACUAAACACAAGCAAAUUUGCUGUUACAGAUUCAGGUUGGAUCAAUCCUUCAAGUGCAUACUGCAGCCCACAUGUAAGCCUCACAUACAGACUUGUCUCAUAAUAUUCUAUUGAAUACUUUGCUUUCUGAUCUUAUAUACAUAGCAAGAGAGAGGUUCAUUUGUGUACUUCAUAUGAGUAACAUAAUGAACAAUCAGAUUAUAAAGGUCUGCAAAAUGAAAUGUUACUGUUAUUAUUAUUAUUAUAACAUUAUUAGGACAAUUAAACAAAAGUACAUCAAACAAUGUUGUUGGCCUGGUUUUAAAAUGAUAACAUCACAAUAUUUACAUAGCAGUCACACACUAGUAUGUAAAAGGGAGAACAAACACUUUUACACAAACUCAA